UCCUGUAACCACACGACUUGUCUUCCUUUCGUUCGGACAACCAUCUCCCAGAAUUCGCAGACGUUAAUCCUUAUUUAUUACAUACCACACAUAUUUUGUUCUCCGGUCUGUCACGGUGACUUCCGCAACUUGAUUGGCUUUUGUUGUGUAGUGAUUGAAAGGGCUUGCGUUCGUGCACGAGCACCUCAAACAGCUCUCGAUUUGGAAAAAGGGAGUGUCGGCGCAUAAAGCAAGAACAUCCAUCCACAUAAAGAGAUUCAUGCGUGACUUUGGCAUUCAAACUUGUUUUUGAUAUCGCUGAAUUCUUGCCUGAGUAGCAGUUACAAGCUUGUACUCAAAAUGAGUUGUGCAGAGCAAGGUGAUGCCGGGAAGUUUCUGGAGAGCUUUUUGAAGGAGUUUCCAAACCUGCUUGUGACAGAGGACCCGCUUCCAGUCAGUCCACUCAGCCGCAAAGUGUCUUUCCAGGAGGUGAAGGGAGAGAGUCUGGAUCUCGGUCUCCGACUUCUGACAGCCAGGAAUGCCCCAUUCUGGCUUGCUGCCAUGAUGUGCAAUGCUGCUGUUACGGAAUUGCUUAAAGAUGACCUUUCACCUCACCACUGCCCCCGAGAUCCUGAACAGCAACAAGAGGAUGAUCAGGAAGUAAUUUUGUUGGAGUCUGAGCCAUUGCAGCGUCUCUUUAUAAAUAAAUUGAUAGAGGUGGGUGUGGCCUGGCAGAAACAGCUGCCCAAUCAUAAGCCUUCAUCUUCACGGACACACAGCUGUUCUGUGGAUGCCAUUCGCAACACUCGAAGGAAGAUGGAAGAUCGACAUGUAAUCCUGAAAGAGUUUAACCAGCUACUGGGACUGCAGGAUGGUGUGGAGCGCGAGUAUUACGCUGUGUUUGAUGGGCAUGGAGGGGUGGAUGCUGCCAUAUACGCUGCUUCUCACCUCCAUGUCAUACUAAGCCAGCAGGAGGUGCUAAAAAGUGAUGUGACAACAGCCUUCAAAAACACCUUCACACAAACAGAUGACAUGUUCAAGGUCAAAGCCAAGAGAGAGCGUCUUCGCAGUGGCAGCACUGGUGUGGCUGUCUUGCUGACCUUGGAUUGCCUUACUGUCGCCUGGUUGGGUGACUCUCAAGCUAUGCUGGUCAGACAAGGAGAACCAGUGACACUAAUGGACCCACACAAACCUGAGAGAGAGGAUGAGAAGAAAAGGAUUGAAGAUCUAGGUGGAUGCAUUGCUUUCAUGGGUUGCUGGCGUGUAAAUGGCACAUAUGCAGUUUCCAGGGCUAUAGGUGACUUUGAUCAAAAGCCAUAUGUCUCUAAUGAAGCUGACAGCUCAUCAGUCCAGCUGAAUGGUGAUGAAGAUUACAUCCUCCUAGCCUGUGACGGCUUCUUUGACGUGGUUCAGCCUUGGGAGGUCCCGGGUCUUGUCCUGGAAGCUCUAAGAGAGGGCAGUGGCUCGGGGGAUGAAGUGGCUCAGAGUCUGGUGGCCCAGGCAAAGGCUGCUGGUUCCAGUGAUAACAUCACUGUUCUUGUGGUGUUCCUAAAGGAACCACAGCAACUUUUGACCCACGAGACGAGUUCUGGAACAGAGAGAGGAGCCACUGGAGAAGCAGCAGAGAUAUGAAAGGGAGAAUAGGAAGACAUUUUCCAUGAAUGAAGCAGGUGACCAAUAUGUGUUAAAGGUGUUUGCACCAUCUGCAGCUUCCAGUGGUUGAGAAAAGGCUCUUGGGAAUGAUGUUUUUAAGGAGUUGUUGAAUUGGACUUUUGUUUAACUAACGUGUGAGGUCAUCCAAAAAAUUUUAUGAAACAAGUCCAUUCAUGCAUUUAGAAGAAAGUAUUGAACACCAGUGAAAGGUGUUUGCUUUUUUUUUUUUUUUUCUCCUUCCCCAAGAAUGUCUAAGUCUUGGUCAUCUAUUAACUCUCUUCGUAGUUAAGUCUUAACUUGCCUUCUUUUUUAAUGAGACAUUUCCAUC